GCUUCCAUCACUUUCCAGCACCAGGAAUCAACCUCUCCACACAACUCUGCCUCCUUGAGCCUUGUCUGAAAGAUCUUCCUCGCACAUCGAAUCAUGUCUUCAUCAGUUGUCUUUGCGCCUUUGAGCAAUAGCCCUCCACCAGCAAUCAAGGAGCAACUGCUUCCCAACGAAAUUGAGCAGCUCGACCAAUUGCCCGAAGCCGCGAUUUCUUCUGGUCCCAACCCCGGUCUCUACCAUGGCACCUUGAUUCCCGCAUCGACUCGUCUCCAGAACAUGAUCAAGAACACAACGCGAACCAUUGUCUGCCCUGGUGUCUACGAUGGUCUGUCGGCAAGAACCGCUCUGGAAGUUGGUUUCGAGGCUUUGUACAUGACUGGUGCCGGUACUGCUGCUUCCCGUCUCGGCAUGGCUGAUCUUGCGCUGGCUUCGCUCGCGGACAUGCGCGCUCACGCCGAGAUGAUCUCCAACCUUGAGCCUCAAGGUCCUCCCGUCAUUGCUGACAUGGACGCUGGCUAUGGUGGCCCAAUGAUGGUCUACCGUGCCGUCUGCGAGUACAUCCGUGCUGGAGUCGCCGGCUUCCACUUGGAGGACCAGCUCCUGACCAAGCGCUGUGGUCACCUCAAGGGCAAGGCCGUUGUGCCUCGCGAGGAGUACUACGCUCGUCUCCGUGCCGCUCUGCAAGCCAAGAAGAACAUGGGCUCCGAUAUUGUCCUCAUUGCCCGAACUGAUGCUCUUCAGAAGCACGGCAUCGACGAGUGCAUUGAGCGCCUGAAGUAUGCCCGUGAGCUUGGUUGCGAUGUCGGACUCUGCGAGGGUUUCCAGUCAAAAGAGCAAGCCCGCAAGACCGUCGCCGCGCUACCCGGUUGGCCACUACUAAUGAACUCUGUUGAAAACGGAGCCAGCCCGCUCAUCACUGUCGACGAGGCCAACGAGAUGGGCUUCAAGCUCAUGAUAUUCAGCUUUGCCAGCAUUGCCCCGGCUUACCAAGCCAUUAAGGGAACCCUUGAGAAGCUCAAGAAAGACGGUAUCGUCGGUACCAAGGGCGAGAUCACUCCCAAGAAGAUCUUCGAGGUUUGCGGUCUGGACGAGCUCAUCAAGAUCGACAUGAAGUCUGGCGGCCUUGCUUUCGCUGAGGGGGUCUAAGUUGUUGAUUGUUCUGGAAGAGUUUUGGCGCAUUUGGAGUGUCUUGGUCUGAAUUUGUGGCAAGCCGGGUUUAUAUCCACUGGCAAGGAGUUUUGGGUUGGAAGUUUAGCAAUAGCGACGCACCGGAAGAUAGAUCAUCUACCCAGGGGUAGAAGAUCAUUGGUCAACCUCCUAAUUUGACGAGCUUUCGUAGAAAUUUGACAAUGAAGAAUUUCAAUAAUAUACCA